CAGUGAUGAAAUCGAACUCGUUUCUUGACCUGUGUACAUGUGACAUUGAACCAAGAGCAUCCCGGACCAAUGCACUGCUGAAUAUAUCCAUUUAGCUAGAAUGAAUUAAUCUUUCUUAUUUUUGACCACUCUGAUCGUGAAACAUAUUGAUAUGCAUCAUCCAGCAAACGGGAUAAUAUUAGCAUUGCCCCGAAGCGUUCCUUUACAAGAGGAGUAGGAGAGAAUCUGGACACGCACCAAGACAACUUGUUCGCCAAUCAGUGUUAAGCAGAAUGCGUCUUACAGCUUUUCUUUCGAUGGCAGCCAAGGUUGUUUUGCCCAAGGACUAUCGCUAUGGAAUGAGCAGGCCUUGGACAGAAGCAGCAAAAAAGCGUAAUCCACUGGGCAAGAAGAGGAGAAAGGUGUUCAUUGAACCAAUAGCCUCUCAAGACUGGUCUGUUUUCAAAGGCGACACUGUUGAGAUUCUAGCUGGUAAGGACAAAGGGAAGCAAGGAAAGGUGGUCCAAGUCAUCCGAAAAAGAAACUGGGUUGUUCUGGAGGGGCUUAACACGCAUUUCAGGUACAUUGGAAAAACAUGGGACUACCGUGGCACGUACAUAGCCAGUGAGGCUCCGUUGUUGCUAGAAAACGUAACCCUGAUCGACCCCACAGACAGGAAGCCAACGCCGAUAGAAUGGAAGUUCACAGAGGAAGGAGAGAAGGUGCGGGUUUCCUCCAGAACGGGUCGAAUCAUCCCCAAGCCCAUCUCCGAGCGCUGCGAUGGCAUUGUGACGCAGCAGUGGAAAGACGGGCCGAAAGACACCAGUCCGGACGACACUCUAGAGAAGACCUACGUGCCGUCGUUGAAAACCCUGGAGGAGGAGGUGAUGGAGAGGCUGGGUAUCCAGGAGCAGCGUAGGCCCCGGCCGUCUUACUGGUACUGAGUUGGAGGAACCAAAGAGAGGCCCUCACUCAGACCCGCUGUCUCUUUCCCACGGCACGUCAAGACGCCGAGUUAUUUCUCGAACCGCUGAAGGGGCAUAUUUGGAAUGGGACACGAUAACAAUCAUACAACAUUGGUUAUGUGGAAUUUCUUAUGCCGAAACCCAUGAUGGGGGGG